CCAUGUUCUCCCUCGCGCGCGCGGCCCUUGCGGUCACGCUGGCUCACCUGCCCCUGCUCAUUGCAGCGUGCGGCGGUGAUCACGCAGCAGCGCUGGAACGACGCUCGGACCGUAUGGCCACACAGCCGAGCGGGGGCACAAGCUUGCUCAGACCCUUGACUUGGGGCGAUGUCGUCAUCGUAGCCACCACCGACAUUCACGGCUGGUAUCAGGGUCACUUGAAGGCGAGUCAGCCCGAGCCAAACUACUCUGGCGAUUGGGGAGAUUUUGCCAGCUUCGUCACUCACGUGCGAGCAAAGGCGCUGCUGCGUGGAGUGGAUCUGCUGGUGGUGGACAGCGGGGAUCUGCACGAUGGCGCAGGAUUGUCGGAUGGCUACCCCGCGGGACAAGGGCCCGACGCGCACGUCUCCAACCAAUUCCACAGUCUGGUCGACUUUGACGUGUUGGCCGUCGGCAAUCACGAGCUGUACGUGUACGAGAAUGCUCUCGACACGUACAAGAACUUUGUACCCGCCCAGCACGGUCGAUACCUCGCAUCCAACGUCAACAUUACGCUGCCCGAAAGUUCAGCUCCUGGCGCAAAGAACGUCUCUGUGCCCAUGGGCGAGCGCGUGGUCAAGUUCCGCACACCCUUGCACAAGCGCAAAGUGACCAGUCUCGGUGUGCUGUUCGACUUUACCGGCGCAGAUGCCGGAUUGACGGUGCAAAACCCUUCGGACAUGGUCAAGGAGGCCUGGUUCCAGCAAGCCAUCCAAGAUCGACCAGACUUUUUCCUCCUCGUUGGUCACAUGCCCGUCCGGCGAGACCAGUGGCCAGACGUCAUUGCCCCAAUUCGAGCACUUCACCCCACCACGCCAAUCUUGAUCGCCGGUGGUCACACUCACAUUCGCGAUGCCGUCAAGUACGAUGACAAUGCCGUCGGCAUCGAGAGCGGUCGCUACCUCGAGACCAUCGGCUGGCUCGCUGCGAAUCUGACCGACACGGGCAAGACUUUCUUCUCGCGCUCGUACAUCGAUGCCAAUCGUCGCAACUAUGCUUUCCAUGCCGGUCUACCCAGUCCCAAACUUGGCUUCGACACGCCCAAAGGUGUCUUGAUCACCGCCAAGAUGGGCAAGGUUGCAAGGGAUUGGAAUCUGACACAAGUAUACGGCAACGCUCCGCAAGACUACUACCUCGAUCGAGUCGCCCCCUCGUCGGAGUCCAGCCUGCUCAACCUGCUCUCCAACAAGGUGCUCCCCACCGUCGUAUCCACCUCCAACCCAUCUCGCGCAUCCACGCCAAAUUUUGUCAUUGCCAACUCGGGCUCCCAGCGCUUCGACGUGUACAAGGGACCAUUCACGAAGAAUGACCAGUACAUCGUGUCACCAUUCAAGGACGCCUUUCUCUACAUCAAGGAUGUGCCAUACCAGUACGCCUCGCAAAUCAUUCACAAGCUCAAUCGGGACCCCGUCGCAGGUGCAGCAUCGAAACGAGAGGCGGAUGCAAACGUCGCUUCGUCGUCGUCGUCGGCGUCAGCGCCGCCACGCUCAGCAGAUGCCGACGUUCACCGCAUCUUUGACGACUGGGGCAAGAAGCAGCACGAGCUUGCGCAGGCUGAUCUCGCUAGGCUCGAUCAGCGCGCAGCGGAACGUCGAGCUGAUAGCCCGACAUUGGGUUACGUCACGCACGAUGAUCUCGGAAACGACGGUGACGAUACAGUCCACACUGCCCUUCCAUUCGCUUCUUCACCAGACUAUGUAGCGUCGCCCUUGACAGGUAACGCUACCGCGGCAAUGCCCGACACGCUCGUCGACGUCAUUCUCGUCGACUUUAUCCUGAGCUCCGUCGUUCGCAUCCUCAACUCGGUUCAGACUGCCAAAAAGUACGCCAACUCGGACGCUACGGCGUACAAUAGCCUCACCACGCAAGACCUAUACCCGCUGUACGCUCAAAAGGCGUGGCAGUAGGCGUAAUCUCCUCUCCGCCGCCGCCGCGCCGCCACGCGCGCGAGCGUAAUCUCCUCUCCGCCGCCGCGCCGCCGCCGCGCCCGCCUUUGCUGACAUUCUUCGCCUUCGCCAAAAAGCGCA